AUGGCGCUCCUACGAUAUACAGUGAGCGUGCUCUGCAUAUAUCUUAUCAUCCCUUCGGCCAAUGCGCUGGCGCUGCGGUCGCAGGGUAUCCUUGCGCCCUUAUAUGCGCAUGGAGAAACCCCCCUCGACGAGACAACCGAGCCACCAGAGUCCCCCUUCCUUGAAUUCCCGGUCUCGCCGCUUGAGACAUCCAAUUCGGCGCACCACACGCAGCGGGAUCUAGUGAAGGCUUUGAAUGAUAUGCAAGAUGAUUACUUCGAAUUAUGGCAGGGAAAGUGGCCAACGGCUAUCGACUGGACCGCUGCGGUCAUGGGUACGCAUGUCUCGGGCACACUCUCGUCGCUAACCUCCGCCAUCGAAUACCUCUUGCCAUCGAACAUACCUGUGGAUAUGAACAUAGACGUUAUAAACACGCCGACAAUUGACCGGCACGGUCAGGCUUUUGAGAACCUUGUCAAUCACUUCUUCGAUCAUACAACGGCCUUUUACUUCGGCGAAGAUGAGUUUGCUGUGAGAACGCAAGCCUUCGACGACAUGCUGUGGCUAGUUUUAGAAUGGUUGGAAAGCAUCAAGUUACAGCAAUUACACUCGGAUCUGCACUACCGGGGAUUCUCGAGCUCGAACUCUCACCCCAAGGAUAAGCCCCGCUGGCAUGGGCUUCAAUAUCAAAUCCCAGCAGCCCAUCGGUCGCGGCUAUUCUAUGGCCUUGCAUCUGCCGGGUGGGAUGUCUCUCUCUGCGGAGGUGGAAUGAUUUGGAGCCCAUAUUUGACCCCUUACAAGAACGCCAUCACCAAUGAAUUGUAUAUCUCUGCCAGCAUCGGGAUGUAUCUAUACUUCCCCGGCGAUCCCAUUGACUCGCCCUUCAUGACGGAAACCCAAGAUGAUGGAGUCUGGUCUGAUGGAUACCCUCACGAUUCUGCUCAUCUGCAGGCUGCCAUUAAUGGAUACAAAUGGCUCAAUAGUUCCAAUAUGACAGGGCCCGCUGGGCUCUACGCAGAUGGAUUCCACGUCAGCGGUUACAGGGACAGCGAGCAUCCCGGCACACGCAAUUGCGAUGAACUCAACACGAUGGUGUAUACAUACAACCAAGGCGUGGUUCUCAGCGGGCUCCGCGGCCUAUGGCUGGCCACUGGGUCGCCGCAGUAUCUGGACGACGGACAUGGACUGGUUCGCAAAGUUCUUCGAGCCACGGGAUGGCCUAAUAGAUCCAGCAUGGAGUGGAACGGUCUUGGCCGGGGAGGUGUCCUGGAGGAUUCAUGUGAUUCGUCCGGCAACUGCUCCCAAGAUGGACAAACGUUCAAGGGAAUCUUCUUCCACCAUCUAGCGGAGUUCUGCCGACCGAUUCGGCCGCAGGAGUGGCGCUUCUUGGCUAGUGCCAACCGAACGACCACAGAAGAGAGCGACUGGCACAUAACAUACCUGUGGCACCAAGCACGCUGCCAGACCUAUGGGCCUUGGAUCAAACAUAAUGCGAAGGCUGCUCUCGUAACUCGAAAUCCCGACGGCAAGUUUGGAACUUGGUGGGGCAGGCCAUAUGGGGAGUCCGUGAACGCCUUGACUUACGAAAGUCCUCUGCCCGAAGGAGUGGUCGACUAUCGGAAUAACGGCGACCAUGCAGAAGGCUCAGUGCUCUUCUACGGUCGAUCAUCAAGCGGUCCCAAUGAACCACCCGGUAUGACUGAACAAACACCGUUGACCGAGUCGUCGGAUAUCACAAACAUGCAACCAAGGGAUCCCAAUGAUCGAGGCCGCGGCCGUACGGUAGAAACGCAGUCCGGCGGAGUAGCGGUACUUCGGGCGUUGUAUCAAUGGCAGAGCUUUCCUCUCUUGUCUGGAAUUGAACUUUGA